AUGUUCUGGAGAUUCGGCGGUUACGCCAACAUCUCCACCAUCGACACCAUCCUCGACAAGCCCGACUUUACCCUCGAGGAGCUGCUGGACGAGACUGAUCUCAUCCAGGAACUCAAGCAGCACAACUCCAAGCUUAUCGAAUAUCUCCGCGAGGACAGCGUCCUGGAGAAGCUGCUGGAAUAUGUCGUCGCCUCCAGACUCGAAGUCUUCGCUACGCCCGACGACCCCACCGACGAUGAGGCCAAGGGCAAAAGUCGCCUGCUGCCCUUCUCGCGCCCCCGGGCAUCGUCCCGCGCGACCGACGUCGUGGACAAUGAUGAGGAUGAGCAGGAGAAGAGGCGCAAUAGAUAUGCCCUCGUUGCCUCUGAAAUCCUGAGCUCCGACACGUGGUCCAUCUAUGAGGCCCUGACGGAGAACCGAGACCUGAUUCGCAAAUUUUGGAAAUUCCUCGAGCGCCCUGCCCCCCUCGAUCCGCUCCAGGCGAGCUACUUUACAAAGGUGAAUGAGUCCUUGUUUGAGAAGAAAACCGACGACAUGAUGGGCCUAUUGCGGAGUGUUCCAAACGUCGUCCCCGAGCUUCUCCGACACGUCGAAUGUCCCAUGAUUAUGGAUCUGCUUCUCAAGAUCAUCGCCAUGGACCGAAAUGAAGGAGGACAAGGAAUUGUCGAGUGGCUGUUCUCAAAAGACAUCAUUCCCGCCCUAGUCUCCUGUCUCGACCCUAAGCACAGCUGGGUUGUGCAGACGGCCGCUGGCGACUUCAUCAAGGCCAUAAUUACCAUCUCUGCGAAUGCCUCGCAAAACGAGCAGCAAUGCAUCGGCCCCAACGAACUCACACGCCAGUUGGUGUCUCAGCCUUGUGUCGAGCAGCUCAUCGGCUACAUGCUCGGAGGAGGCAACCCCCUCACAGUCGGUGUCGGGAUAGUCAUCGAGGUCAUCAGAAAGAACAACUCCGACUAUGACCCUGAUGUGGGCACCGAGGCCAAUCAAGUUCCUUCCAGCCGAGAUCCCAUUUAUCUUGGUAAUCUGCUGCGUCUUUUUGCCCAGAAUGUGCCCCAGUUUAUGAGCCUCAUCAUGGACGCGCCAGCAAAGAAAGAGGGAUCCGAGUCCACUUUUGGGGAAAGGCUUGAGCCCCUGGGUUUUGACAGGUUCAAGACUUGCGAAUUGAUGGCAGAGCUGUUGCAUUGCAGUAACAUGGGAUUGCUCAACGAAGUCGGAUCCGAGGAAUUGAUCGCAAAGCGAGAUGCCGAGCGCCAGCGACUACGGACCGAAGGAAAGCUGGGACCUUUGAGGGAGGACGACCAAUCUGCUGAUGAUCUGACCAUGCGCAUGGGUCACGGCACCGUCCACGACGAAGGGCGACGUCUUGAAGUUACAAACGCCGAUGAUGGUUUUGAGGAGGUUGAACCGUGCAAAGAAAUGAGUGAGGACACAUCGCACGAAUUUGUCAAGGCUGAGGGCGACAUCACGGUGGCUCCGCCGUCGUCAUUCAUCGACAAGGACGAGGAUGACUUUGUCGAUGAGCCGCUCAGCUCCCCCCGUCUCUCUGUAGGCGCCGCUAAGAUUCAUGAACAACGUUUCGAGGACCCGGAUCUCAUCGUGGCGCCGCUGUCGCCUUCAAAAUCCCAGCCGGCCGAGUUGCCUGAAUCUGCAAAGUUGGCCAAUCCGGACAGCAUCCAACCUACAGGCCUAGACUUGGCUACAAAGGAGAUUGACGAGCAUCUCAGCUCUGCUCAACAGCCUACGAAAACGUCCCUUCCGACCAAUCCCCCUCCUGAAUCGGCGCUCUCCGGUGCCUCUCUGAACCCCGACGACUCGGGAUAUCAGCACCGUGACCUUUCUCCUCACCCGGAAGAUACCCCGGCUCCCUUGUUCUCCUCAACAAGUCCUUCACCAGCGUCUGCUUCAGACCAGACCACAAAGAAGACGGAGACUGUUGCUGACGCCCCUGCUGAGUCUGAUUUUGCGCAUAGAGCGGCAUCUCCCGAGAGAAUUGCUGACGCGGUCGAUCCGUCUACUGCGCUAGCGCAGCAAGUACAAGCAAAUAUACCACUAGAGCCUGUUGUGGGAGACUAUCUCAAGAUGCAAUUUGUAGAACACCGCGUUGUACCCGCAAUUUUGACCUUUUUCUUCUCGUACCCGUGGAACAACUUUUUGCACAAUGUUGUUUACGACAUAGUGCAACAAGUGUUUAACGGCCCCAUGGAUCGCGGAUACAACCCAACUCUGGCCGUCUCCCUGUUUGAAGCAGCCGACGUCACAACGGCCAUCAUCAACGGCCAGCAGACCAGCGAUGAGUCGCAGGCGAAGACGAAGACGCGCAUGGGAUACAUGGGACACUUGACCCUGAUUGCUGAGGAAGUGGUCAAGUUUACCGAGAGACAUCCACCGGAGCUGCUUUCUGAGAUGGUCCUGGAUAAGGUUAUGAGCCAGGAGUGGAUCAACUACGUUGAGGGUGCUCUUGCGGAGACGCGUGAGCGAGACAAUGCCAUUUUGGGCGGAGUCCGGCCCGAGGUUGCUCUUGGCCACCGCGCAAGCAUAGGGGGUGGCAAUGGCCUGGGUGGUGUUGGGCUGUCUGGUCUGGGCGGUGCCUCUGCAACUGGCUCAAACGCUUUGGCGGAAGCCGGCUUGAAUGGCGGCAUCGAAAUGAACGAAGGGAGCAACAGUGGCAUCGGCCCCUUCGCCAUUAGUGCUGGAACCUUGAUGUCGGGCUUCGGGAGCAGCAGCGACGAAGAGGAUGAUGAUGGCGAUGUGGAGGAAGAAGAUGUGAACUCCGAGGUGAGUGGCGAUUCUCUUCAUGAUCGAAGUAUGGGCUCUCCAGAGGUGGCUGCAAAUGCAAACACGGAUUCUCCAGUCGAUGUCAUCAUGAUGUCCCCAGAGCCUCUCGAGCCAAUCUCGGGGGAUUCUUCCGCGAACAUUCCCGCGGGUAUGAGUUCGCCCGUGAGACUCAGCACGACCCGGGAUGCGGAAGACGAAAUGAUGGAAGACGGCUCGCAUCGAAACAGAUGGUCGGGAGACCAUUACGACGAGCACGGAGCAGAACCGUCGAUGUCACCAUAG